AUGGCGAGCCCCUGGCAACAACUGGGAGAUUAUUGUUUUGAGAAACUCUCCAAGUUGCGCGCCCUAAAAUUGAAGAUCCCUGAUGCGUACUUGGAGGACGCUGUCAUCAGCAGUAUAGGCGACGAGACGAUCGAACGGACGAUUCGCUCCAAUCGAUAUGAAAACGUCGACGAGUUACACGCUGUGAUGAAGGAGAUGGGGUCGAUGCCACGAGCGACGGCCCAGAAAAUGGCGAGUCCACGACAACGUGGGCCUAUGAACGAAAUCGAGCCGACGACUUCUACGUCGACAGCGAAGCCGACAUCGUCUACAACGGCGGAGGACACCCGACGACGGGCGGUUACCUGCUUUAAUUGUGGAGAGGUGGGGCACUAUUCGGGCAGGUGCCCAAGCAGCCCGGUUACCUGCAAGUCUUGCAGUAGACAGGGACAUUUGAACAGAUUCUGUUCUAGGUUGAAAGGCAUGAAUACGACAUAG